AACCGGCGCAUGCCUGCUAUGGAUGUUGUUAUCGCCAUUCCCAUAUGGAUACGCCGUUCGAAACAACAAAAUUGUUCGCGUAGAAAAUUGUUCCGUUUUUCGGGAAAACUUGGUUGUUAAUUAAUGUGACUCGUCAAAAUGCAGAUUUAGAAAUGUAUUCGUGAUUGAAGAAAACUAACGAAGUGGUUAAGUCCGUGAAAUGUGACGAGUAUUUGGGAUAAUUGGCCUAAGCUUGGAUGCUUCCUUGCAAGAGCAGAGUCACAAAAAAGAAAGUGGUUUUGGUGUUUAUUUUUUCGUUCUACCAAUGCUUUAAUACUAUCGUUUAAUUGUCCUCAACCAUAUCCAUUACUCACACAAAUUAAAGUAAAGCCAAUCAGUGAUUUAAAUAUGCAAACAAAUUGACAUCACCGGAGAAAAGUGUCAGAAGAUGUGUUUAUUGAUUUUCUCGAAAGGAUAAACAAAGCACCCAACAGGCAGGGGUGAAGUUUUCUCGUGCCGCAUGCCAGUGAUAAAAUAUGCAAUAAAACCGCACGCAAAAACGAACAGGCUUAUAAAUAUUGUGGUUUGCGUCGAAAGGAGCUUCCGAUGUGAAAUAAAGCGUGCUAAACGUCGUUUACUUUAGAGUGGCUAGUGCAGGAAUCAGCAAACUAGAUGAGUCUUAUAAUGUCCGUUCAGAUGACCCGAUACAAACAGGCACAGUUUGCCGAUGAAGAUAGCAGUAGCAUUGGCUCGGUACAGAUCACAGAAACCAGACACAGUCCGACGAGGCACAUUCGUUAUCACACAGCCAGGGGGACGUCGCUGUGGAAUGCCCGUAGCAAGCUCGAAAAGGUCCUCCUACUGCUGGUGCUGAUAUCGGCAGUGACGAUUGUCGCCCUGAUCAGCAUACUGGCAACCGAAAGCACCAGGAUACUGCACGUGCAGCCUCACGUUGACUCCAACAUCUACAAAGCAUCUUUGGAUGGCGACGUGUCCCUGCCAUGUCUAAACAAGCACUGCAUUUUUGCCGCUAGCGAAAUACUGCACUCGAUUGACUCCACCGUAGAUCCGUGCGAUGACUUCUACGCGUACUCCUGCAACCAGUGGAUCAAGAACAAUCCCAUUCCGGAUGGCAAAUCCAUGUGGGGAACAUUCGGCAAGCUGGAACAGCAGAACCAGCUGGUCGUUAAGAACGUGCUGGAACGGCCAGAGGCCGAGUUCAAAUCCAAGUCUGAGAAAAAGGCCAAGCUGUACUAUCAGUCCUGUCUGGAUGAAGAUGAAACCAUGGAGAAAUUGGGAGCGGAUCCGCUGUUGAAACUGUUGAAGAAUAUCGGUGGCUGGAAUAUAACGGCCAACGUCACUGGGUUCGAUGUGAAGAAGUGGUCUCUGCAAAAGUCUCUUCAAGUAUUGCAGAUCAAGUACAACAUGGGUGGACUGUUUGGGUGGGCCGUUGGAGAAGAUGAUCGAAAUUCGAGUAGACAUAUUAUACAGAUCGAUCAAGGCGGAUUGACGUUGCCGUCACGGGAUAACUAUCUCAAUAAGACGGCCAACGCCAAGAUUCUGACAGCCUAUCUGGACUACAUGGUAAAGGUGUCGGUACUUUUGGGGGCAGACGAAGCUGAUGCACGACGACAGAUGGCCGAUGUUAUCGACUUCGAAACCAAUCUGGCCAACAUUACAACUCCACAGGACCAGCGGCGUGACGAAGAGGAAAUGUACCACUUGAUGACAAUUAAAGAAUUGCAAGUGAAAGCUCCCUUCAUCGUUUGGCGAGAUCACUUUGACGAAGCUUUCCGAUUGGUGAAGCGGAAAAUCACCGAACAGGAAAACGUUGUAGUUUAUGCGCCAGAAUAUCUAGAGAAAUUAAACGCAUUGAUUGUAGAGUACAACAGCACCGAUGAAAAGAAAACGACAUUGAAUAACUAUUUGGUGUGGCAAACUGUGCGAACUCUUACGUCCUGUCUAUCGAAAGCGUUCCGUGAUGCAUAUAAAGGACUACGGAAGGCACUAAUUGGCUCUGACGGAGGAGAAGAACCAUGGAGGUACUGCGUGAGUGAUACCACUAACGUACUCGGAUUUGCCAUUGGAGCAAUGUUUGUGCGAGAAGUGUUUCACGGUGAGUCAAAAAGUCGAGCGGAAGAAAUGAUUAAUGAAGUACGAACGGCAUUCAAAGAUAAUUUGAAAAACUUGGCUUGGAUGGACAACGAGACUAGGCGGCUGGCUAACGAAAAGGCCGAUAAAAUAUCCGAUAUGAUUGGGUUUCCUGAUUACAUUUUGACUCCUGAAGAACUAGAUAAGAAGUACCAAGAUUUAAACAUAGACCCGAAGACGUACUUUGAUAACAAUAUUAAUUUCAAUAUUUAUAGCUUGAAGAAGAAUUUGGAGAAACUAGAUCAACCAGUUGAUAAGACACGCUGGGGUAUGACUCCUCCUACUGUUAAUGCCUAUUAUACUCCAACUAAAAAUCAAAUUGUGUUCCCCGCAGGAAUUCUGCAGCUUCCAUUCUUUGGAAUGCAGAAUCCAAAAAGUUUAAAUUAUGGAGGGAUGGGCGUUGUAAUGGGACAUGAACUGACUCAUGCUUUCGACGACCAGGGUAGAGAGUACGACAAAUAUGGAAAUCUGCAUCAGUGGUGGAAUAAUAAAACAAUCGAAAAGUUCAAGAAGGAAACCGAAUGUUUCAAUAAACAAUAUAGCUCGUACAAAGUCAAUGGGAAAAACCUGAACGGAAAGCAAACUAUGGGAGAAAAUAUUGCAGAUAACGGAGGUCUUAAGGCGGCAUUCCAUGCGUAUAUAAAAAAUGAAAAAUAUAGUAUCACGGACACUGACACUUUGCCGCUUCCUGGUUUGAAUCUGACGCAUCGUCAGCUGUUUUUUGUGUCGUUUGCUCAGGUGUGGUGCUCAACGGUAACUGAUGAAACGACAACACUUCAGAUCGAAAAAGAUCCACAUUCCCCUCCGAUGUAUCGAGUGAUAGGAUCCUUGUCAAAUUUGCAGGAAUUCUCCGACACUUUCAAGUGUCGUCCAGGCGCUAGAAUGAAUCCCGUCAACAAGUGCGUGGUAUGGUAAAAGACUGUUUAGAGUUCUAUUUUUUUCCUUGAAAAAGCUCAAAGCUAAAGAAGUUACGUGAAACGUAGAGCAACACUGAAUUUCAGGACCUGUCAAUAUUUCCGUAUCAAUUAUUACCUCAAUUCAAUGGCUCAGCUAUCUUGAAAUCGGAGAGAAAGUCGUCUUAAAAAUUGUUUGGAAUGCAGUCGCAAAUAGUUAAAGCUAAACAUUAUGUUCGUUUACCUGCUUUAUUUCUAUCAAAAUACAACAAUCUGCAACAUUUUGUUCAGAUAUUUAUAUCAGUGAAAUGAAUCACCAGCUGCGAUGCCAAAUAUUCCUACAAUUUGGAAAAAAAUCUCUCUCUGUCCUAACGUAUUAAUGACCUAGUGAAUAGAAUUAAUAAUUAUCUAUGAGUGUAAAAAAAUGCAAAGUUACUAAAUGUGAUUAACAGACCAGAACAAAAUCAGAAAUGUUCAAAUGAUCUAGUGAAAAAAACAAGCUGCAGUGCAGAAUAUUCUUGUUGUGCAAAACAGUUUUAGGAGUACCUAUCGUAAAAGAGUCGAAACCUUAUUUUCAUCCUCGCAAGAAAAUUUUUCUAAGGAUGUAUGUAUUAUGUAUUACAAGAAUCUAUCAAUUUAUUCUUAAGCAACUGAUUUUUAGUUGAAAUGUAGUGCUGUGUACUUUUGCUUUUUGUUUGUUUAAUAAAAAAAAUAUGAGCAGGAAGCACAAUUUGAGGAAAUUUGAAAUUAAAUGAACAAACUAAAUUGAUACUUAACAA